CAUUCACAUCACUACUUUACAAACACUUGACUCAUUUUUCUUUCUCCAAAAACUUAAAGAAAAUGGAGAAUAUGGGGAGUGAUUAUAAGCAAGUAGUGUGUUCUCCGGGGUCUAUGACUAUGACUAUAACUACACCUUCACCACAAUCCCCUCAGUCCUCGAAUUCACCACCGUCUUCAGUCGGUGGUGGUUCGGGGAUGCAUGCAAAUGGUGCACCCAUGAUAAUGAGUCCUUGUGCAGCUUGUAAGAUUCUUCGGCGUAGGUGUGCCGACAAAUGUGUAUUGGCUCCUUAUUUUCCUCCGACUGAUCCUCUCAAAUUCACCAUUGCUCAUAAGGUUUUUGGUGCUAGCAAUAUCAUCAAGUUGCUUCAGGACCUACCAGAGACACAACGAGCAGAUGCAGUAAGCAGUAUGGUAUACGAAGCAAACGCACGGCUUAGAGACCCUGUGUAUGGUUGUGCGGGUGCUAUUUGCCAACUUCAAAAGCAAGUUAGUGAUUUACAAGCCGAAUUAGCUAAGGCAAGAGCAGAAAUGGUUAAUAUGCAAUGCCAACAAGCUAAUUUACUUGCCCUAAUUUGCAUGGAAAUGACACAAUCUCAAGAUAUUGUCAUGCCUACAAUAUCAUCGUCGCCACAAGCUCCGAUUGAGACUAGCGCCAAUAAUAGUUUUUUGAAUUUUUAUGAUGACAAUAAUAGUAGUUUAAGUUCCAUUUGGGAACCUCUUUGGACUUAAUUAAACAACAUAAUUGGAUUUAGACAUUUAUUUUCCACAAAUAAGGCUAAAUAUAAAUAUAGUUUGUUAGUGAAAAUGAGACAAGACAAAUUGUUUCAUUUAUUAAUUAACUCAUAAAGAGACUUGAGAUGAUAGAAAAAAAAAAAAAAAAAAAGAGAAAAAAAUGAUGUCCUUUUAGUCAAGCUUAAUGCAAACUUUGUUUAGCUUAUAUGACUAGUAUACUAAUCCAUGUAUCACACUCACACACAACUCUUAUUUGGUGACCUAAUUUUGUUUUAUCUUAAUAAAUUCUUAUUUA